AGUCAGGCCUCUAUUUGAGCUCACGCGCAGCCGCAAUUAGUCUCUUUUCCGGUGACAGCGGCGCCAAGCACCAUGAGCAGCAAAGUGUCCCGCGACACUCUGUACGAGGCGGUGCGGGAAGUCCUGCACGGGAACCAGCGCAAGCGCCGGAAGUUCUUAGAGACGGUGGAGCUGCAGAUCAGCUUGAAGAACUACGACCCCCAGAAGGACAAGCGUUUCUCGGGCACCGUCAGGCUUAAGUCCACCCCCCGCCCCAAGUUCUCUGUGUGUGUUCUGGGGGACCAGCAGCACUGCGAUGAGGCCAAGGCGGUGGACAUCCCCCACAUGGACAUCGAAGCGCUCAAGAAACUCAACAAGAACAAGAAGCUAGUCAAGAAGCUGGCCAAGAAGUAUGAUGCCUUUUUGGCUUCAGAGUCCUUGAUCAAGCAGAUCCCCAGAAUCCUGGGUCCAGGCCUGAAUAAGGCUGGCAAGUUUCCUUCCUUGCUGACCCACAAUGAGAACAUGGUGGCUAAAGUUGAUGAAGUAAAGUCUACAAUCAAGUUCCAAAUGAAGAAGGUGCUGUGUCUGGCAGUGGCUGUUGGCCAUGUGAAAAUGACAGAUGAUGAGCUUGUGUACAACAUCCACUUAGCUGUUAAUUUCCUGGUGUCAUUGCUCAAGAAGAAUUGGCAGAAUGUGCGGGCUUUAUACAUCAAGAGCACUAUGGGCAAGCCCCAGCGUCUGUACUAAAUGACAAUUUAAUAAAAGCCAGUACUGCCAUUAAUUCUUUGAAGGGAGGGUGGUGCUGACCUGUUCACGCCAA